CCACUUACCGAUUGCGACGGACGACCAUUUACGGCGAGCGGCAUAUCCCGAUGCUGUGGGGAUCCACGUUCCUCUGUCUCUUGACCGGUCUCGGCGAGCCAUGUGUGGCCCUCAAUGAGCGGUACGGGGCACUGUACGACGGCAUGUCAGCAGGCUGGCUUGCUGCAUGAUGAACCAAAGAGGACGACGCCUGCCGAAACGGAAUUUUUUGUCAAUCUUCCUUUCUUCUUCUUUUCCUCUUUGGCUAUUUUCCCUCACUCUGGUUUUCGGCUAUAUUUCGCGAUAAGGAUCCUUUUUUGCUUGGUUUCUGGAUAUGGAAUUUUCUGUCUGGCUGGCAUCGCGUUUGGAGUUUCACGAGGGGAAUCAAAAUUGCUGAUAGGGAGCGUCUCGUUAUUCUCUCCUCCUUCGUCUUCUCCUUCUUCUUCGAGACCGAGCAUGGUAGCGUGCUUCCGAUCUCCGCGGAUAUCCUGUUCAUCAGCUGGUUUUGUUUUCCGUUUCUUUGUUUUUCCCCUUCCCCGGAAUGAUAACGGUGAAUGCUAGGAGAGGAGACCAAUAGGUUCGAGGUUAGAUACCAAAAUACAUAGCCCAGGCAUAUAUGAACACAGGAUGGGAACGCCUGUUCAAGUCGCCAAAGG